AUGGCCCGAGAGUCUCGCCGUCUCGAUGAGACCCAAGUCUUCGUCUUCAAGAUCCAGGUCGACUCAGUAACCUUUGACGGAGCCCAGCUGGCCAAGACAAGAGGCUUGCGUUUCGUGACUUGGCUGAAGGCCUUGGCUUUGCAGCACGGAGGCGCGAAGCGUCAGGAAGAUCGGAUCCUGCUGACCCCAUCCAUCAAGCCCAUUGUGGAAGAGCUCGAGCCGGGUGAGGGCCGCCGCCAGUGCUUCUUCAGCAUCCGCUACGAGGUGGACGUGCUGUGGGAAGGUGACGAGACCUUGGUGUUGAGCGCUGUGGAGCCAGGGAGGCUCUUCUUCUCGACGCAGGUUGCCAGUUGUGACCUGCCCCUGGCUGUCUGCUACGAGCAGCUCGUGAGCAGCGCGAAGAAUUGCAAUCCGACCGAGGCGGAGCCCUUGCCCAUCGAGCUCGAGCUCGAGAGUUCCAAGGGUCUUGCCGGAAGGUGCAGGAUCUUCGUCCACUGCUGGAAAGAGAGCUUGAAAGCCCUUGGGGGAAGAAGGGCUUUGAGGUCCACCUUCCCGGAGGCACUUCCUGGAGGCAAAGAAAUUCAUUCCGAGGCGAUGAGGCAGAAGAUGAGCGAGAUCCACGAGUGCCACAGCCUGAAUGAGAAGCUCCAGAAGGCGCAAGCGGAUCUUUGGAUGCAGGGCGUCAAGCGGCUGACGGAUGAAGGUGCUCUGGACAGCCAAACGCUGAACUUGGCCAAGACGGUGGGUCUGGUCUCCCCAGAGCGGGCCGAGAGCCUGAGGCAGACAAAGAACGAGCCAAGGCUGUCAGCAAGGAGCGGCUCUUUCGAAGCCGUGGAGCGUGCUGGCGAGGUGCUGCUGCGUGUUGCUUUGGUGCACCGGGUGUCUGCACAUGGCUCCUUCACUCGCACAAAAGCGCCCAGCGCGGGAGAAGGCGGCGCCAUGUCGGCUCCCGGGCUUCCCAAGAGGCGAUCGGCCCAUCUGCUGCGGAAUUGUGCCCUGGCGCUCUUUGCCGGCCUGGCCCUGAACGUCACGAGCAUCGGCUUCGCCAGCUUUGGCAGCUCCUCCCUUUUUGCCGGCUCGAGGAGCCAGACACGGCUAGCCAGCUCUGCGCCGGGACGGCGCUUGGACUGGAGAACCUCGCAGCAGGUAGCCCCGGAUGGAUUGGAUGGGCUUGCUGUUCAAGGUCUGCUGGAUUCUUCUCUCUUGACCUCCUUUGCGGACCAAGCUGGCAACAUCAACGGGAUCUUAUUCCAGGGCUCACUGCCCGCAUACCUCCUCUUCCUCUACUUCCUGAGCUACAAGGGGAACAACACUCCGCCCUUGACCUUCUUUGGCUUCGCCUUCUUGCUGGUCUUCGUGUUUUUAACGAUUCCAGCGGGCAUCAUCUCCAAGAGCACCUACGGCCUGAUCCUGGCGGACUCCGACUGGGUGCAUGGGAGUGCGGAGUCUCUCCUGACCUGCACCAACAUCAUGAUCGUCUUGGGCUUCCGCGGGGCCCUGACGGGAAAUGCGGACCUUGCAGACAACGGCACAGUGCGAAACAUCGCUUUUGGAUGGCUGGCGGCCGUGAUUCUGACACUGGCGGCCGGCAUCCCAGUCUUCGGCUUCGAGGCUCACACGCCUUUCUUGUCGGGUCUUGGCGCUUUGGACAUGGGCUCUUCCGAGCCUGUGAAUGCCUUGUCCAUUCCAAACUGGAUCGUGCAUUGGUCCACCGUCUUCGAGUUCCUUCUGGCUAUGUCCUUGGCCUGGCGCUAUGCCGAUGCUGUGGGGAACUCGAAGUGGAAGGGUCUGACCUGGGGGAUGCUCCCCUCCUCGAUCUCGAGCGUCUGCGCCUUGACGUUCCAUAUUUUUUACAACCAGAUCCCCUGGAUCCUUACGGGGCAAGCUCUCUUCACCUUCAUCGGCAAUGCCACCUUGGCCCUGGCCACCUAUCGCAUCGCCGUCUCCAAUGGCUGGACCUUGAGCGAGCUGGAUCCUCGCCGCCUCUUCGAGGAGAAAGCCGAAGGGAAAGCUGAGGAGAGCCCGGGCUUUGACAUCGGAAAGGUGGCGAUGAGCCCGGAAGGCGCUUUGACCUCCGGGCCGCUCCUCUUGGCCGAGGUGAUUUUGCUGACGCUCCUCUUCGCCUAUGGCACCAAGUACGGAGAGCUCAUGCUCGGGGCCAGCAUCUUCCAGUCGCCGGAAUCGAGUCCCCAAGCAGCGGCUCUCAUUGCGCUCCCCGUCCUCCUCGUGGCUUACGUCAUCUACGGUCAAAGCCCCGACCUCCAAAGCGGCCAGCUACCGCCAAGGAGAAAUAGCCCGAGCAGCGCAGCUCCCGAGCAAAAGAAGCAGUCCUCCGCUGACAUCCUGGCAUGCCAUCGCAGAGGCUUCGAAUCCCAGGGUCUGGCAAACACUUCCUGGCCGGAGUACCGGGAUCUGUUGCCAAUGCAUGCUGCGUCCGCCGUGGCCGGAGCGAUCUGGGCCUUCGCCACGUCGAAAGCCGUGGAGGAGCCACCGUCGCAAGCCGCACGGCUCCCGACUCUUCUGGCCCCGGCUUUUACCCGUGGACUUGGCCAAUGCAGCCCGAGCACCCGCGACGGCUUCGACCUCGAGGGAGGAGCAAGCUUCAGCAGCUUCCGCAGCUUCCGUGAUGUGUCUGUAGGCCGAGCAUGCGAGCCAGGCGUCGGCAGGGCCGCUGCGGUCGAGGAAGUUGCUGAGCAGAGGCGCUCCAUGAAGAAAGCGAGUUUGGAGCCUGGUGCGCUCGGUGGGGAGCUGAUUGGAUCCCUGCUGGUGAAGAGCAACCUGUGUCCCAGCUCUGAGGUCAAUGUCCUCUCCGUUGUGGAGGCACUGGGAAGGCUGGAUCUCAAGGAGUCUCUUCUGUCUGCUGCGUCGGCGGCACUCUGCGAGCGAGCUCAACGCUUGGACGAAAGCUACCAGGAGCAGCCUUUGCCGGAGAAUCUUCGUGUGACGACGGCAGAGCUGGCGCUGGAGACUGUGAAGGAGCCCAAAGUCUUGGCCACCCUUCCAGGCCUGUGCGUCCUGUGGAAGCCCCCGGGCUGGUCGGCCGCCCUCGGAGAUCCGUCGGACUCAGACAAAGGCUUUGCUCUGAGACUUUGGCUCCAGCGCCACUUCGGCCAGUCCUCGCCAAUCGUUUACGACGAAGGCGAGACAUAUGGACUGGUGCAUCGGCUGGACCGUUUCACGUCUGGCCCAUUGCUUUGGGCUUCAUGCUACCGUGGCCUCUUUGAAGCGAGGCUGCAGUUUGCAGCUCGCCAGGUUUGCAAGGAGUACCUUUGCAUCGGCCAAGGCUGGCUUCCGCUGAGCUCCGGGCCUCUUCACUUGAAGGCUCCUUUGAAAGAGGAGAUUGCCAUUGAUGGGGAGCUGCAGCUGGCCAGAAGCCGGGUCGACCCCUUCUCCGGGAAAUUGGCCCACACAGAGGUUUCCAAAGCAGUUCUUCUCAGUGGUCCGGACGGGGAAGCUUACACGCUCAUGAAGGUGCGCCUUCACACAGGAAGAACGCAUCAAAUACGCUGCCACCUGAGCCACGAGGGGCACCCUUUGCUGGGUGAUCCAGUCUACGGCGGUCCAACCCCGACCUGGUCGUCGAGGCACUGGCUUCAC